AUGGAUCCAUUAUCUAUCGCGUCAGGCGCCGCCGGUCUCGCUAUCAGUUGUGCCACAAUAGGCAAGACGCUAUACACCUGGAUAGAAGAUACUGUCGAGGUCGACGAGAAUGUCUCCAACUUGUUGGAGGAGGUCUCGAUUCUGUCGCGAGUCCUAGACUCCGUCAGCAACGCCUCAGGCCGGGUCCCGCAAGCUGUUGUAGCCGAGAUCGAUCCUGGUAAUGCCCUCUGGGGUAGUAUUAGUGCCACCCUUGAUGAUAUCAAGAACACGUUCAACAAGCUCAACCAGCUAAUGGCUGAGCUUGAGAAAACAAACCGCUUUAGCCGAGGGAUCUUGCGCAAGCCAACCAAGCAAAUCAAGUUUAGCCUGCGGUCUAAAGAUAUCACUAUUUAUAAGGCCAGAAUCAAGUCAUACAACACUGCAAUGACUAGUGCUUUUCAGAUGAUCAAUGUAUGCCUCCUAAUCCACAGUAAUUCCUCUCAAGAGUCGGUGUUCAAGGCCCUCUCCGGAAUUAAGUCCCAGCUGAGUGGACGCGAAGAGGACAAUCGGGCCACCCAAAACCUGCGACAGUUUGUUCAGGUAGCAGAGAACUUCCAUUCAAGCGCCAGUACUAUUUUGAGAGAGGGCCCUAGGUCCACUGUCUGGGGAGGAAGUAUCUUGGGCGAUCCUUUGACAGAAGCACAAACAUCAAUGAUCGAGAGAUGGAUACCUCCGCCCGUUAACGAAGAGCCACGUUCUCCUGUCGACACCGACUCGGACAGCGAGACUGAGUUUGCUAGAAGGAUUGAAGAACUAGCGAUCAAGAAUGAGGCGGAUGGUGAUCACGCAAAAGCAGAACAGUUCUACAGGGGUGCCAUCGAGCAUGGCGAAUCGAGUUCGAGACCUGUAAACGACAUGACUACUAUGAAGAUACGACUAGCAUAUGCAUGCAUGCGGCAGGAAAAGUGGACAGAAGCAGACGAGAUAAUAUCUCCAAUCGCGUUUGAGAGAAAGACAAAUGAUGUACUCGUGUAUCAUGGCAUGCACGCCUUGGCCCUUGCUUAUCUUGAUGACUCCAGGCUUGAGGAAGCCGAAAAGUUUUGCAAGCGUGCUCUUUGGGGUAAGAGAAAAGUUCUCGGCAAGGAUCAUUGGAGAUGCUGGGAGACCCUGAGUUUGCUUGUGCGCAUCUGCGUGGCGAGAAAGAAGACAAUGGAAGCAGAGGUCCAUCAAAGCUUUAUCCCGAACGACGCGACUAUUGUGACUGAUCAAGGAGCCUUGGCCUAUCUGGAUCGUUCAGUUUGGAGCUUGAACAGACCAAGUAACGAUAAUGACGCGGUCUCACAAAGUCGCCAGCCAUUGGAUUCUCAGCAAGAGUAUCCUCAGAGCCAAGCAUACACUAUGCCAGCUUCUGACCCAGUCCCCUCUGCAGGUAGAUUUCAGUACCCCAAAACCUUCGGUCCUCAGUACACAAGUCCACCAGCACCGAGUAGCUAUCAAGGAGCAUAUCCGCAGCCCACGCGAGGUGCCAACAGUUACGAAAAACAAGGUUAUCGAUCCCCUCCACCACUGGCGCCCUAUAACAUGGCUUCUGUGCCCACGCCCGAGCCACGAUGUCAGAUUUUUGUGUCAAUCAACUUCAUGAACAUGGACGGUGCCACUAGUGUUGCAUACGUAGUCCAUGAUCUUAAGAACCCGAUAUCAGAGCUGCUCAGAGAGUGGCCUGUUGGCUGGGGCCAUGACAUUGCUAACGCCAUUGGGCCGACUGGACUUCCGAAGCCGGGCGUCCAUAAGGUUGAAGGUCUUCCUCUGCUGUUGGCCCAAGAGACAGAAGAGUCAAUUCCGCGGCCCGGCGUUCCUCCUGGCCUCAACGCUGUAGAUGUCUCGGCCGAUUUCCUCUAUGAGGUCAGGCGUGCCAUUGUUACCCAAUUAGAGCAACGUCUAGGAAGUAAAUUCUCGGAUAACGAGAAGAGGAUCCUUUGGAUUCUCACCUUGACAGAGAUCUGGGCCACUAAGGACAAAACGUUAUGGAAACGUGUUCUCCAGAGAGCGGGAUAUCUGAGAGAUGAACGUAAUGCACGCUUGCCUGUCACCGGCGAAGCAGAAGCAUCAAUUCACGAUGCGAUAACCAGAUAUUCCCUUAUCCAAGAAACGCAGAAUCCAUUUAUCUUCGCUUACUUUGGGAAAAUGCUAGUAGACAUGUCUUUCUGUGUGCCUCUGAAAACAUCGCCAAAUUUUGCUUCUCGGCUUAUGUCGAGUAAGAAUCUGGGGCCUGCUCUAAUAGCACAAAACUUUGCCGAAAUAGUGCGGACUAGAGUCAGCCGUAUGCGACUUCCAAAUAGCUCCAGAACAGCCAACAAAGUGUAUACAAAGUGUGUCAGUGAUUUCGAGGAACGCAUCAUGCCAGAUUUCAGAAACAGCGGACAAGAGUGGGAUAUCGACGUUGCACUUGAAACAGAAUUCCCCGAAGCAGGGAUCAAGGGCGGUUAUAUGACUUACACAAAUGGCGAGAUCUUGUCUUGUUUCCAGCCCGUCAUGGAUGACAUUACGGCCAUGAUGACUUCUGUAAUAGGUGACAUUCUUGUAAAAUAUAACAGUCCUAUUAAGGGGAUCAUACUUGGAGGAGAAUUCUGUACAUCGGAAUACUUGCUAAGGGAGAUCAAGUUAAAACUACCUGAGAACCUCCGAAACAAGGUCUAUCCGCCUAUGGAGCCUGCAACGCAAGUUGCGACAGGUUCAGUCCAUUUGGCAUUGUCUCGCUAUUUGGCUGGAGAUCAUCGAUAUGUUCAAUCAUGA